AUGACCUCACAAAGCGAAGAGGUACGAAGGCUCCUCGCCAGCCUUGCGGGUUACAGCAAUCAAGGUCAAGAUGGACGACCAUACGCAACGAGUAUUUCCUCUGGAUCCGCCAACUUCGCGUCUAACUUACCCGGCCUCGGGGGCCUCCCGAUAGAGGAACCACAGCCCUUAAAGUCAUCGACCCCCAACCCUUACCAACCCUCACUUACACCUCAACGCUCCGCAGCCAACACGCCCCAGCCCUCCACAACCCUCGACCCCCGUCUCCAACGCUCCUCCACCUCCACCCCCAAACCGCCCAAACCGCCCGUCCCCGACGCCUCAACCAUCACCGACUGGCCCACCGCCAUCUCCCACGUCAUGACCCACCUCGCCCCGGACGCCACCUUCGCAACCAAGAUCCGCCGCCUCAUCACCUCCCAGCACGCGCACGAACGCGACUGGCACGACAAGCGCGCCGCCAUCGUCUCGCAGCACGCCUCGCGCGACGCCUCCUCCGCGCAGCUCUCCAGCAUCUUCGCCUCGCUGGGCGUACCCGUGCCCAACAGCCCAGCCACCGGCACCGCCACGCCGUCAAUGCAACGUGACCUCGAGGCGGAGCGCCGCGAGCUCCAGGCCUACGAUGCCAAGGUGUACAAGCAGCUGCUGGCGCUGGCGGGGGAUUUUGACCGGCAGUUGAGGGGCCUGGGGGUGCCGUUCUAUGCGAUUCGGCAUGAGUUGGUGGUGUUGGAGGAGGGGCGGGAGAGGGAGGCGGUGUGGGAGGGGAAGAGGCGGAUUGAUAAGGGGGAGUUGCGCGAGUUGCAGAGGAGGAUGUUGGGGUGGCUGGAGAUGAGCUUUCCGGUGUAG